ACUUCACCCCCUCUAAUGUCAGCGUACUAUCACCUAAGUCCGCCUCUGUCACUCAGCAAGAAAUAAGUAUUGCCACAGCAAAAUCGCCGCUCUGUUUACCUCCAUGAAUACCCAAACUUGAUCUCUUCUCUCUUCUUCUUCCUUCUUGGAAUCGAUUUUCCAAGACAAUGAUACAAUGGACGGCGUUGUCUACUCCAUUUCCAUUCCGUUCAGGUCAGUCGAUUUCUCUUUUCUUCUCCUUAAUCAAAUCUUUCCCAUUUUCUGUAGCUUCUUCUCCUUCUUCUUCUCCUUCACCCAUUUUGUCACCAGAAGAAUCAGAACCCAUUUCCAUUGACCCCCUUUCUUCUCAGCUCCUCAAUCUCCUUUCACACCCAAAUUGGCAAAAACACCCAUCUCUCAAGAAUCUGAUUCCUUCACUUUCCCCUUCUCGUCUCUCUUCUUUCCUCUCACAGAAUCCAAAUCUUAAUCCCCAUAUCGCGUUUUCCUUCUUUGAUUACCUCUCACGGCUUCCUUCUUUCAAACCCAGUGUUCAAUCUUAUGCACCCCUUUUGCGUAUUUUGAUUUCCAAUAAGCUUUUUCAGGUCGCGGAAAGAACGAGACUUUCUAUGAUUAAAUCAUGUGGAACAACUGAGGAUGUCGUUUUUGUGAUGGGUUUUGUGCGGGAGAUGAAUAAAUGUGAUGAUGGGUUUAGGUUUAAGCUUAAUGGGUGGGGUUAUAAUACAUUGUUGAUGGCGUUAUCGCGGUUUGUUAUGGUUGAUGAUAUGAAAUGUGUGUAUAAUGAGAUGUUGAAUGAUAUGAUUAAGCCUGAUGUUUAUACUUUUAAUACUAUGAUUAAUGGUUAUUGUAAAUUGGGUAAUGUAGUUGAGGCUGAGGUUUAUUUUAGUAAGAUUUUGCAAGCUGGUUUGAAGCCGGAUACACAUACGUACACGUCGUUUAUAUUGGGGCAUUGUAGGAGAAAAGAUGUAAAUAGUGCUUUUAAGGUUUUUAGGGAAAUGCAGAAUAAGGGUUGUCGAAGAAAUGUGGUAUCGUACAAUAAUUUGAUUCAUGGCUUGUGUGAAACGAGGAGGAUUGAUGAAGCGAUGAAGCUGUUUUUGGAAAUGGGAGAUGAUGGUUGUUCUCCUAAUGUCCGGACAUAUACGAUUCUCAUUGAUGCAUUGUGUCGAUUGGAUAGAAGGGUAGAAGCAUUGAGUUUGUUUGAUGAGAUGAGGGAGAAAGGUUGUGAGCCCAAUGUUCAUACUUACACUGUUCUCAUCGAUGGUUUGUGUAAAGACUCUAAGCUUGACAAAGCAAGAGAGUUACUAAAUGUUAUGUCGGAAAAGGGGAUAGUUCCGAGUGUGGUGACAUACAAUGCUUUGAUUGAUGGAUACUGUAAGAAAGGUUUGGUUGAUGUUGCAUUAAGUAUUUUAGACACAAUGGAAUCGAAUAGUUGUAUCCCAAAUGUACGUACAUACAAUGAAUUGAUUUCUGGCUUUUGUAGGGCGAAAAAGGUGCAUAAGGCAAUGUCACUACUUGAUAAGAUGCUUGAGCGCAAACUGUCUCCUAGUAAUGUCACUUUUAACUUGUUAGUUCAUGGACAGUGUAAAGAGGGUGAAAUAGAUAGUGCAUUUAGGUUGCUUAGAUUGAUGGAGGAGAAUGGUUUAGCUCCUGAUGAGUGGACUUAUGGUGCUCUAGUUGAUGGCUUAUGUGAAAGAGGUAGAGUUGAAGAAGCUAACACCAUUUUUAGUUCUGUGAAAGAGAAGGGUAUAAAGGUUAAUGUUGCAAUGUACACUGCUCUAAUUGAUGGACAUUGCAAAACUGAAAAAUUUGAUUUUGCCUUCACAUUGUUUAAGAAGAUGAUCGAGGAAGGUUGCUCCCCAAACACAUGUACUUAUAAUGUGCUGAUUAACGGGUUGUGUAAACAGGGUAAGCAGCUAGAAGCAGCACAAUUACUUGAAAGCAUGCCAGAAAGUGGUGUAGAACCCACAAUUGAAUCCUACAGUAUCUUUAUUGAGCAACUACUAAAAGAAUGUGCCUUUGACCAUGCUGACAAAGUUUUUAGUUUAAUGAUAUCUAAGGGGCACAAGCCGGAUGUCUGCAUUUACACUUCAUUUCUAGUUGCAUAUCACAAUGAAGGGAAAUUGAAAGAAGCGGAAGAUGUGAUGGCUAAGAUGGCAGAGGCAGGAAUUAGGCCAGAUUUGAUGACCUAUACAGUAAUGAUUGAUGGUUAUGGUCGUGCAGGAUUAUUAAAUCGAGCCUUUGAUAUGCUAAAAUGUAUGUUUGAUUUUGGAUAUGAACCUUCUCAUUACACCUAUUCUGUUUUGAUUAAACAUUUGUCCCAAGGAGGACUUGAUCUCAAAAUAGAGGCCAGUUCGAUUAAUAUUGCUGAUGUGUGGAAAGUAGUGAAAUAUGAAACUUUGCUUAAACUCUUUGAUAAAAUGGAGGAACACGGAUGUCCUCCUAAUACAAACGUUUUUAGUUCGCUUGUUAUUGGUCUCUGUAGAGAAGGACGUCUUGGGGAGGCUUCGAGGUUACUUGAUCAUAUGCAAAGUUGCGGAAUGUCUUCUUCUGAAGAUAUGUACACCUCAAUGGUAAAUUGUUGUUGCAAGUUGAGAAUGUAUGAGGAUGCAACAAGAUUUCUUGACACUAUGCUUACACAAGGUUUUUUACCACGCUUAGAGUCAUACAAGCUCCUUAUAUGUGGGUUGUAUGAUGAUGGAAAUAAUGAUAAAGCUAAGGCAGCCUUCUUUCGACUUCUUGAUUGUGGGUACAAUAAUGAUGAAGUAGCUUGGAAACUUCUAAUUGAUGGCUUACUUAAGAGGGGACUUGUAGAUAGAUGUUCUGAGUUGUUGGAUAUUAUGGAGAAAAAUGGUUCUCGACUUAGUUCCCAGACAUAUACAUUUCUGCUAGAGGGACUUGAUAGAACAGACAACAAAUGAAGGGAAUUUGCCUUCCAUGAGAUCAGUUUGGAGUCCCCAUAUGGUAUAUGCAGCUACGUCUGACAGGGAGUGCCAGCACUUGAUGUGCCAGAAUUGUUGGCAUAUUAGUUAGGCAGUCGCGCCCAUUUCUGGAUCAAUUUGGAAUAAGAAAAGGAACAUUUUCAUCUUGUGUGAAUUCUGCAGUAGGACUGUUACUUACAGGCUUUCAACAAGUAAAAUGGGAUAGUUUCUCCAUCAUUUAUCCUUGACAUGUCCAGCAUGAAGCAUUUACAUGAUAUACUAAAAGAUUGUGGAUGUCUGUGCAGCAAGGGUCGAAGCAAACUUUUACUACACCACUUACCCGGAGGAGGGUCCUCAUGGUUGAAAGUGAAAUUAUGAAUGAUGAUCUGGAUAUAAGAACCAUGGUCAUUGUUAUGAAGGUGGAUUUUGAGGAGAUUCUACCAAGCAGAAUCUAUCAGAUGAUAGAAGGCAUGUAGUCACAACGGCUAGCCUUCCUUCAAUAACAGGAACUGCUGUAAAUCUUCUAUUCCAAACAGCUCACUUAGCCAGAUCAGAAAAGCAGAAUGCUAUGUUACUGGUUCCAUGGCUAUGUAAAUCUGACCAAGAGCUAAUUUUUCCUAACCAUCUUUCAUUAAGUUCUCCUGAAGAUCAGGACCUUUAUAUAUGCAAUUGGCUUGAGGAGCGAAUUGGUUUCAAGGCUGACUUCAGGAUUUCAUUUUACCCUGGAAAGUUCUCCAAAGAAAGGCGGAGUAUAAUACCAGCUGGAGAUACUUCUCAGUCUAUCCCGUCAAGGGAUGCCGAUGUUGCAAAAUUUUAGAGGAGCCAGAACAUCUCAGUUGGUACCACCCAGGCAAAUGUUGGAGUGAUAAAUUUAAAUCAUCUUGUUGGCGUUGUCCACACAAACUAUUUGGAAUAUAUCAAGAGGGAAAUGAAUGGGGCUCUUCAAGCUUUUUUUGUGAAACAUACUAACAAUUGGGUAACGAGAGCAUACCAAGACAAGGUAUGUUUAGUCUAUGGAUUAAUUCUCCUCCAUAGAAGAAGAAAGAAGGAAACUGUGGUCACAUGCAUUUAGCAUUAGAAGAUGCCUUAACUGCAUUUUAGAGCACCAUGUUCUUUUAUUAAUAUUAAAACACCCUACCUGU